AAAAAGCCAAAUUUGUCUGAAACUGUCUGAAAAAUAAGAUAACUUUCGUAACCUGUCGCGAGGGACUGUCACUGUCACUAUCAUUCAGCGAUGAAGUCUGUACGCUUGAUGCACGCCCUGUGCAGGCGUGUCGAGCACACAUCCCUGGCCAGACUCAGCGUUGUGGAACUGCGACGGCAAUACGCCGAGAAAUGCGACUCGGUGAUCAAAGGCGUUGUGGUGGGCGUGUACGCCAAGGAGGGCGACCGCCAGCCCAGGAUGACACCAUCCGGCGAGAAGUUUGACGAUCGUGUCCAGGGCAAGAUCACUGAUCUCAUACGCGAGACGGGCCUGAAUGGCCAGCUGGGAAAAGGCCGUGUCUUCAUGAACGUGGAUGCGGAGUUCCGUGCGGUGGCCGUGGUCGGCGUGGGACGGGAUGGUGCCGGCUUCAACGACCUGGAGAUGAUCGACGAGGGAAUGGAGAACGCUCGCGUCGCUGCCGGCGUGGGUGCUCGUGCCCUUCAACUGCAGGGCUGCACAGAUGUCUUCGUGGAGUCGAUGGAGUAUGCGGAGCAGGCGGCCGAGGGGAGCGCCUUGGCCGUCUGGCGCUACAACACCAACAAGCGCCGUCAAGACCGCACACUCAUUCCCAAACUGGAGCUGUACGAGUCUCCCGACUCGGAUGCCUGGAUGCGGGGCCUGUUCAAGGCCGAAUCGCAGAACCUGGCCCGUCGCCUGUCCGAUACGCCGGCCAAUCAGAUGACGCCCACAAUCUUCGCCCAGUCAACGGUGGAUGCCCUGUGCCCCUGCGGGGUAUCCGUGGAGGUGCGCAGCCUGGACUGGAUCGAGUCCAAGAGCUUGAACAGCUUCUUGAUGGUGGCCAAGGGCAGCUGCGAGCCGCCGAUCAUCUUGGAAAUCGCCUACUGCGGCACCGCACCCGAGGACAAGCCCAUCCUCCUGUUGGGCAAGGGGAUCACAUUCAACAGCGGGGGCAUCUGCCUCCGUCCCAAGGACUGCUUGUCCAUGUACCGCGGCUGCAUGUCCGGUGCAGCCGCCUGCGUGGGCGUCAUCCGAGCCGCCGCCGCCCUAUCGCUGCCCCUAAACAUAACGGCACUACUGCCUUUGUGUGAGAACAUGCCCUCCGGAAUGGCGGCCAAGCCUGGCGACGUGGUAUCCCUCCUCAAUGGCAAAACUCUCGGCUUCGUGGACGUCAGCAAGGCCGGUGUGAUGGCCAUGGCCGAUCCCUUGCUCUACGGCCAGACGACAUACAAGCCUCGCAUGGUCGUGGACGUUGCUACAGUGGGCUACGCCGUCUGCCCAGCUCUGGGCGGAGCAGCAGCCGGGAUUUUCAGCAAUUCGAACUUCGUCUACAAGCAGUUCGAGAAGGCCGGUGGCCUUACGGGCGAUCGCGUUUGGCGUCUGCCCCUGUGGCGCUACUUCAAGGAGCUGAUCAUGCCGAACGAGACCUUUGACAUCAGCAACCGCGGGCGUGGCCCCGCCUCCAGCUGCAUCGCUGCCGCCGUUCUGCACGAGCUGGUGCCGUGCGUCGACUGGGCCCACCUGGACAUCCGCAACGUGGGCAUGCUGACGCGCCACAAUCCGCUCCCAUAUUUGCUGAAGGACCGCAUGACUGGCCGUCCCACUCGCACUAUCGUUCAGUUUCUGUAUCAGAUAGCUUGCCCCGACAGCAAGUAAUCUGAUUAUGUUCGUUACACAAUUUCUUUGUUAAUGUUCCGCGUUCCAAAUUUGUUGUUAAUUGAAGUACCCCACCACCACCCCCCUAACAUUUUCACACAAAUUGCCAAGAGGUACACACCCCAAGAGGUUACACCCACACAUUUUUAUUAUUGUUCAAUUUUAAUCCAGAGUUUUCAAUUGAGCUUCCAUGCUGAUUAAAGGAUCAAAAGAACUAGAUCAAAUAUGCGAAAA